UGACAGUCACGUGAAAAUUUAACGAUCAGCUGUCUUUGCGGGAGUGGUUGAAGUGGUGAAUUUUCUUGAUUUUUCAUUGAAAAAGUCCCGCGAAACAGGUAAAUUCAACGUCCGCAAUUCAUUUGAAUUGUUUUCUACGGAAUCCAGCGAAAAAAACGGGUUGUCGAAGUGUACUAGAGCCAAAUCCAAGCUGAGUAGUUAUCGAUUCGGGAGCAGUACUGGCCUUGCAACCCCCGUAUGCCACAAAUAGGGGUUGCUGAAUUAUUUUCAAAGGCCAUCAUCGUAAGCACAAGGACCCCCACAAAGAGCCCAGCGACGAAGAAGACAUAAAUAUGACGGAGUAUUGGUUGAUAUCGGCACCAGGGGACAAGACGUGCCAACAGACAUGGGAAACGAUGAACAAUCUCACGGCCAAGCAAAAUUCCUUGUGUGUAAAUUAUAAAUUUCAAAUUCCGGACCUCAAGGUUGGUACUCUGGAUCAGCUGGUGGGUCUCUCCGAUGACCUUGGCAAGCUGGACGGAUUCGUUGAACAGGUGACCAGGAAGGUGGCUUCGUAUUUGGGGGAAGUACUGGAAGACCAGAGGGAUAAGCUUCAAGAAAACUUGACGGCUAAUAACACUGACCUGCCGAGCUACCUGACCAGGUUCCAGUGGGACAUUGCCAAAUACCCGAUCAAGCAGUCCUUGAGAAACAUCGCUGACAUUAUCAGCAAACAAGUGGGUCAGAUCGAUGCCGACUUGAAAACCAAGUCUACCGCUUAUAACAACUUGAAGGGCAGCUUACAGAGCUUGGAAAAGAAACAAACUGGCAGUUUGCUGACCCGUAAUCUGGCCGAUCUAGUGAAGAAGGAACAUUUUAUUUUGGACUCUGAUUAUCUGCAGACUUUGUUGGUGAUUGUGCCUAAAGCGUCUUUUGCCGAUUGGAAUGCCACCUACGAAAAAAUCACCGACAUGAUCGUUCCUAGAUCGUCUCAGUUGAUCACGCAAGACAACGAAUAUGGCCUGUACACAGUCACGCUGUUCAAGAAGGUGAUUGACGAGUUCAAGCAUCAUGCUCGCGAGCGCAAGUUCAUCGUGAGAGACUUCACUUACGACGAGGAACAGUUGGCGGCCGGCAAAAGCGAGAUCACUAAGUUGACCACUGAUAAAAAGAAGCAAUUUGGUCCCCUGGUGCGUUGGCUGAAGGUAAACUUCAGCGAGUGUUUCUGCGCGUGGAUCCACGUGAAAGCGCUGCGCGUUUUCGUGGAGUCUGUGCUGCGCUACGGCCUACCCGUCAAUUUCCAAGCCAUUCUCAUCCACCCCAACAAGAAAACGAUGAAGCGACUCAGGGACGUCCUGAAUCAACUGUACGGCCACUUGGACGGCAGCGUGGGCCACCAGGGCUCGCACGUCGACAACGUCGACAUUCCCGGCCUGGGUUUCGGCCAAUCAGAGUAUUAUCCCUACGUUUACUACAAAAUCAACGUCGACAUGAUCGAGUCGAAGGUCUAGGUUCGAUGAACAGGCAAAAAACACAAUAUUCCAUUUUUAAUAUUAAUUCCUCCCGUAGAUUUUUCUUAUACACUUAUAAGUUCGAGGUAAAAUUGUCCCUUUUUUCGUCCCUAAACGUCCGGAAUUUUUGCACGAGUUGACAACGCUGUAGCCAACGAAAUUACCGGAAUCUUCUGAAAAUUUACGCACAUCGGCAACAUUGCAAGAGACAAUUUUAUCUCUGAUUUUGAGAGCGUCCAUUCAACUAUUAUUAUUAAGUCUAAAUUCAAUUUCAAACAAUAAUAAUGUAUAGUGUAAUAAAUAAAUGGGGCUCUAGCGAAGGCCCAGACGUUUCUCAGCAACUUUGGGUAAUAUUUGUUUGUAAUUUGUAUAAAAAAAUAAGCAGUAUUUUAACUCAUUUGUAAAUAUCAUGUAAAUAUUUGCAGCAAAA